GAAGCUUCAUCCUACAACUUAAAUCACUAUCAAUAUGGAGGUCUUACUUGGAAUAACUGGCAAGGACUUUACCAUCAUUGCGGCUUCAAAAGCUGCCAUGAGAGGUGCAACCAUUCUCAAAGCUUCAGAUGACAAGACAAGAGCAUUAAACCAACAUACCUUGAUGGCAUUCUCCGGAGAGGCUGGAGAUACAAUUCAAUUCGCAGAAUACAUUCAAGCCAACGCUCAACUUUACUCCAUGCGCAAUAACAUCGAUCUCUCCCCAUCCGCGGUUGCUCACUUUGUCCGUGGUGAAUUAGCACAAUCUCUUCGCUCCCGCAAACCAUACAAUGUCAACCUUCUCCUCGGCGGUGUUGAUCCUAUCACCGACAAGCCCAGCCUAUACUGGCUCGAUUACCUAGCGUCACUUGCACCCCUUCCAUAUGCAGCUCACGGCUAUGCACAAUACUACUGCUUGUCUAUUCUUGAUAAACACCACCACCCAGAUAUUGAUUUUGAACAAGGAAUGAAAGUUUUGAGGAUGUGUACGGAUGAGUUGAAGAGGAGGUUGCCGAUUGAUUUCAAGGGAAUGACUGUUAAAGUUAUUACGAAGGAGGGAAUUAAGGAGCUUGAUUAUGAUGACAGUGCCAGAAUCGACUGCCCUUAGAGAGUUGAUUCGAGGAUGAUUUCUUAUGAGGGGCCCUUUAUGACACAGGAGAUAAACUAUGAAUUAAGGCAUGGGUGUAUAUUAGCGUGGCAUCAAAUGGCAUAAACUGGCGAUACCUAUUUCGAUGAUUCAUUACUGGAAACGCAUUGUGAUUUGAUCCGUCUAGAAAUUUUUGGUAUAUU